AUGCUGGAAAUGCCUCCUGACACCGAAAUUCUUUACCCUGAAAACGAGGAUUCUACCCCAAGAAACAGCCCUCCAGGCAACGGCUCCCCGCCCCCACCCCCCACGUCUGACAGUGAAACCAGCUUCGGGCUGCGCCAUGAUGCCCCGAAACCGGGGAAGGAAACUCGACCUUCUCAUUUCCACGUGGUGCCUUUGAUGGGCCAUCAGCUCAUUUCAGCAUCCGUGGGGAAGAACCUCGGAACCAGGAAACACAAGAGCGGGCGAGGAGGGACAUCUGGAGCCCCGGGGCUGUCCCAGCCGUCCCCCGGGCGCCCGGAGGGAUGGUCCCUCACAAGGCUGAGACGCGCCUCUGCAUCUCCCGGCACGCGGGAAGCUGAAGAGAGAUGCAGCUCAAAGUCAGGACCUGAAAGGCUUCCACGUCCUCCGGGCAGCCCCGCAGGUCCCCUGGCGACGGCCGUUCUGCUCUCGGUGCUGCUGGACCCCGCACUCGUCCUGACGCAGAACCAGGAUGCGGAUCUACCCACCGUGGACCCGAACUCCAGUCUAAACGUGAGGUUCGACCCAAAGACGGCGAAAUUAACUUGGGACUGCAAAGAGAACACUACCGACGGGCAAUGCGUGCUGAUCCACAAGGAGAGGGGACAGAUUAAAAAAAAGGUCAAAGACAAGGAAUGUGAGUGCACCUUUCAGGACUGUACUCUCCAUGGGGGAGUCACACUCACCGUUGAAAUAAAUGUCAACCGGAGACACGUUUCGGAAACGCUGGUCUACACGAACCCAGGUGGGGAGGGCACAGCUGCCCAGAACUUCUCCUGUCUGAUCUACGAUGCGGAUUUCAUGAACUGCACCUGGGCCAAAGGUCAAGCAGCGCCCGAGGACGUCCAGUAUUUUUUGUACGUGAGGUCAAGGAAAAAAAUCGAAAGGGAAUGUCCUCGUUACCUGCGAGACGCGGGAACCCACGUGGGAUGUCACCUCCAGAACCUCUCGGGAUUGGCUUCCUACAGUUACUUCCUGGUGAACGGUACCAGCCAAGAAACGGGAAUCCAGUUCUUCGAUUCGUUUCUGUUGUUAAAGGAAAUAGAGCAAUACAACCCGCCCAACAACAUCUCCGUGUACUGCAACGAAUCCUACUGCCUCAUCCAGUGGGAAAAGCCCAGGACCCGACGAACACUGUCCAACAGGGAGUUCCAGUACCAGCUGGACAUCCAGAGACAGAGUAAUACCGGAAGCGAUAGAAAUCAGCUGAUCGUGGUGUCUGGGGACUCGGGAAAUAAAUACGACUUUCCGAGACCGGGGUCCAGAGCCAAACAUACUGUGCAGAUGAGGACGUCAGACGCCCGGAAAGCACACUGGGGUACUUGGAGCCAGCCCGUGGUGUUUGGCUCCGAAGAGCCAGAAUCCAGCCUGCUGCAUGUCUACCUGCUGGCCGUCCUGGGCACCCUCAUCUGUGGCCUGACCGUCGGCUGCCUUUUCAAAAGGUUCCUAGGGACUCCCAGGCUAUUCCCGCCAAUUCCACAGAUCAAAGACAAACUGAACGAUAACCGUGAGGUCGACCACCAGAUCCUCUGGGAGAAAUUCACACACGACGCGAGAAAAGGAGAGAAGGAAGAGAUCCUAACCGUGCAGGAAGUCGCAGAAGCCCCAGCGAACGGGUGAAUUCCAGGUGUCUGCAUCCCUUGAACGUUCUUGGAAGUUAUUGGAUUUUUAAAAAAAAUAACCUGUACCGUUUUAAUGUUUUUGAAAAUGUUUUGCUUACUGUUGUGAAUGUAGCUCUUUUAAAUUGUUUUGAGCA